GGUGCUUUUACUCGCCAAAACAAAAUUGGGAACGUCUAUUUUUCUGUCUUUUGUGCUCCACUAUCUCACGUCAGCAAGCACGCAUUGAUUCACGUUUCCUUUCACCUGGUUCGUCUUAUUUCGAUCGAUUGUGACCUUGUCGAGUGCAGCACUGCCCCUCACCGCUUUUCUUUUCUUCGCAUACAUUGUUAUUAUUAUUAUUACUUUUCGUCUUUGUUUCUCCUGUUCGUCGCAGUUGGUGUAGGUCAAACCACUUACACUUCGGUGCACACGCUCCGUCCUUACUGCCGCCCGUCUUCCGCCUCUUAGUGCGCUACAAUAACUUGAAAAAAAGUAAAACCAAAAGAUGUCGUCCAAAAGUGUAGACGUUUUCAACGUCUCCACAAACCGCCUGCGUGCCGCGAGCUUCCAAGAUGAGGAGGAGCGGCAGAACGCCGAGUACGCCGAGCGCCACAACCUGCAGGCGCUCUUCGCCGAGUUCGCCACCCAGCUGCGGGAGAAGGACCCCAAGACGGAACAGGAGGCGGAGCGGGUGCUGCUGGACCUCCUUUCUCACCGCAAGGCAGAGCGCGACCGUGCGGCGCUGCGUCUGCACUUCCACGCGUCCUUUGAGGUGAACCUGGACAAUGGACGGAAGGUGCUGAAGCUCACCACAGGACCAGAGACGAGCACGCUGCAUAUCGUGCAGAAGACCCGCGCUGUUGCCGUGGACGACAACUUUACCGUGUCGAUGGAGCAGGCCGAGGAGCUGACGGAACUGUUUUACGAGCUCGGCCGCUUUGCGGUGGAGUCCGCCAAGGGGGAGCAGAUCGGCUUUAUUAGUAUUGAUGACCGCGACGUGUACCUGCUCGCCGGUGGGAAGGACUGCUCGGAUGUCGGCGAUGAGCUAUUCAAUAUGGCGCUUCUGAUGAAGACGUCCUCUGGCAAUAAUUGA